GGCGCGGUUGACGCGGACUUUUUAAACGCCCUGUAUGCGGACGGCUAUCCGGUGGUAGGGGACUACCGAUCCUGCUCUCUCGUACGUGCUGGGCCCUAUCCGCGCGCUCGGACGUGCAAUGGCCGCCGUCAGCCGACGCGCUGCACGUCCGAAGCAUCAAUCGUCCUCGAUUUUCCCAUCCUAAUUUGCCUGGAGAACGCCCGUGGAAAAGAAAAGGGAAACGGGGCAAAAGGAAAAAAAUGCGCGAUGCCUCGCUGUGACGGUACACAUCAUUCGACGCGAGUCGACGGGUGACGCGCGCGUUCCGCCCGAUGGAUCGUCGUCAUCGCGUAUGUCAUUGACGCUCCUCGGCGAAAACAGUGGCCGACAACACGCGACCGAUCGCGUUCGGGUGUGUUACGUCGUCGCGACCCAGUCGCUGAGACUCUCGCGGGGAUCCGAGACGGACGAGCGGAGCGAGCGCCCCGCGCUGUGCGUCAGUGUCGCGCUGCUUCGUGAAGUUGCGCGAGAGAGAAGUACUGCUUCUCGGAUCAGUGUACGGUGCAUCGUUAUGCAUCUCGUGUAUUUCGUUCGCCCAAGGAAGGUAAUUGCCACUUCCGCGACGCUUUUGACAACGUCGCAACCGCGAUAUCUGCGAAUCCGAGAUUCGCAGGAUGUGAUAUAACUACAUUCCGACUAGAAUCGCGUUGCUCUUUUUGAAGUUAGGCAUUUUCCGUGAUUGGAACGUGAUCCUGUUUUUCAGAUAGGAUUAUCGAGAUCUGACGAAAGUUGAGUACGCGUUAAAAAGUGUUCGAAAGAUGUGAUAACGGGGAAGUUUCACGCUUGAUCGAUCCCAUUCUCGAGAAACAUAUGCCAGCACUGCAGCAUAUAUUUCUCGUUCGUUGGUCAAAAAUCGGCUAUCGUGAUGGCCCGAUCGUCUUGAGGACAUUGAAGAAGAAGCGAUGGCAACGAAGGUAAAGAAGAGUCUCUCGCCUCCAACGGGAUCUCCUUGGUACGGCAAAGUUUUUGAACGUUGGAGGAAUCGAAAUCAGGUCAGUCCUGGUACGGUCGAGUUGCCCGACUGCGACUUCUUUAUCGUGGCACCACGGCGCACACUGCGCGUCCUCAGGCCAACCCUGAAGAGCGGUUGGUACUACGAGAGCACGACGAUCGAUCGACCGGAAUCCGUCAACGACAAUUUCUUCUCUCGGUGGGCCAGGAGACCCCAUCCGUCCGGCAACUGUAGGUGUUCCUUCCGUCAAUCCGUUGGCGCAUUGAGUACCACCGAGGAACGAAUCAUAUCCGCAGAGUUGAAUCGUAUACGAACGAGUCUCUGCGGGGCUGAAAGAAACGCACGCGACUUGGAGGAACUGGAACAGAGAGUUUCGGUGAAUUUACAAAAACUGCGCGGCAGUUCGAUCGCUGAUCACACGAGCGAGGCUCGGACGGUACCCUCGAUGUUGACUACGGAUCGUCGAUCGUUCGAGCAAAGUGCGAAGCAACAAAUCGUUAAGGACUUGGAAGGGUACAUCAAUACGCUUCUGGAAGAAGUACUUGAUGACACCGUUAAGCACAUAGCUGGCAUAGAAAGGAAUAAGAAUGUUCAGCAUUCUGAAAUAACAUGGAAACGAAUGAAAAAUGGAUUAAGAAAUUAUUCUGAUGAAGAUCCGGAUAAAUCCAAAGAUCAAGUUUCGAUAAAGAGAGACGAUGAUAGAUCCUUUAUCGAUAUUAAUUCCUCUUUCCCAAUGGAUCGGACACAAGAACAAUGGAGCACAGAAAAUGAGUGUAAAAAGCCAUUUGCCAGGGUUUCGGUAGCCGAAGGUUACGUAAAUCCAGCUUUUGUCGGUUCGAUGGACGAAUUAUCUUCUCUACACUUCAACCGUUCUGCAGAAACGACCAACUUGUAUCUUGGAAUAUCGGCGAAUACAGAGAGCAUUACUCCGGAACAAUUGGACUGCGUGGACUCUGGAAUAAAUAGCGUAGAGACGAUCGAGUUCCAACUUCCUGAUCAAGAACCCAGUUUUGAGCAGUCCCUUUUACAAAUUAUUGAUGAGAAGUUGGGAAGAGGCUUUUCGAUGGAUAACUCAAAGGAGAAUAAUUUAGAAAAAAUUUCGCAAGAAACAGUCCCUGAAGAAAAGUAUAAAGUAGACCCUAUUAAGACGGUAAAUGCGUCGUCAGAUUGUAAGACAUCAACGACCGAUACUGAUAUUGAUGCUCAGAAAAUCGAUUGCGAGGAGCGAUUGGAAACUAAUCCAGAGAUUGAUUUCGAGAAAUCGCGUCUAGAAUUCCAAAAUAAUGACGCGAAUUUGUCCUUGAAUACGGAGACUCUAUCAAAAUUCGGUGUUAAGAUCAGUACAGAAUUAAUGGCAACUCCUCCUAUCGAGCUCAAAGAUUACGAGAAAGAAUGGACAGAGUAUGAUGGAACUGCCUCGCAGGAUAACGUUCGACGAAGUCCUCACAAUUCUCUAACGUUCCGGAAGAAUCGAAAACCAACCAUAGUCUUCCUACACGGUUUCGGUUCUUCGGCGGAAGUCUUUGAACACCAGCUACAGUAUUUUUCCUCUCUCGGUUACCCCUGCAUCGCUCCCGAUAUGCUUGGGCAUGGCAUGAGCUCAGCGCCCGGUCGAUCUAGAGAUUAUCACUUCGACAAGUUAUUCAAGGAUUUGGAUGCUGUUCUACAGCAUUAUGCUUUCAAGUCCGGAGAGAAGUGCGUUUUAGUGGCGCACAAUUAUGGAUGCAGCUUCGCUACAGCGCUAGCUUAUAAGUAUGAUAGCAAUAUUCACCAGUUGGUGUUGAUAUCAGGUGGUGGCCCGAUUCCACUGGCCCCGCCAAGCGCAGAGAGCGCAGGACACUGCUGUCUCAGAGCGAUUCUUACACCGCUUUUGAUGUGUGGUUUUCACCGAGAUAUUUUAUAUUCCGCGCGAGGUCGACAGCAUCCUUAUUGCGGCCAAGAAUCUAUGGAGCAGUGGCCGUCGCACAUGAAAUACGUACUGGAUGGUAUGAUUUGGCCGGAAGGUGAUUACGUUUUCCACAGGAGGAUAUGCACACCGACGCUUUUAGUGCAUGGACUAAGAGACAACAAAGUAUCGUUGAUGCAGGAAUGCCAUAUGGAAAGAACAAUGAUGAAGGCUUUUCUCGAAGCUAUUCCAAUGGCUGGUCACAGUCCUAUGACUGAGUGCCCUCAGCAAUUGAAUCACAUGAUACAUUGUUUUAUAAACUUAUGAAGGAACAAGAAACGGAAGUAGUAAUAUUAUUUAAUGCAAAUCUAUACAUUCCUUUGAAAUUAUGAAUCACUAAAAACGAAACGGACUGCCUGUCAAAUCGUUACAUAUAACAUCGAAUUCAUGUAAUGUACAUUCUAAAGAAGUUACUUUAUGAUUCGAAAAGAUGCAAUCCAAUCGAAUGAUUUGAUGAAUGAUGGAAUAAAUGAUUAAGCUUUGCGGCCUCGUGGAUGUGCCAAGAUUUAUAGAGAUAAAAUGUUUCAUUUGUCUUGAUCACUUGCAAUAACUUUUGUACAAUUCUAAAUUUUGUCUGUAACGUGCAUCGCUAAGCAUGAUAUACGUGCGAUUCUACUUUAAAUUUGAAUCUUUAAUGUACCUGAAUUGUUAUCUAUAUAUAUAUAUAUAUUGUAAAUGAACUACAUAGGAUAUUUUGUCCUCCUAUUUAAAUCGAACACUUUUUAUUCGAGACUCGUUUUUCCAUGUGCCAGAUAAAAAAAAGUUAUUUAAAGUGAUUCAGCAAAUACUGAGCAGAGGCUAUGGGACAGCACAUAGAUUUUACCAAAGAUCAUUUAUGUAUCGUUAUUUCGUAUACAAUAUUUCUAAAUAUAAGUUAUACAUUUUACAAAUAAAAUUGUGUAUAGUACUGGU